AUGGGUAUCGAAUUAUUUAGAAAACAUAUAAUGUCAUCUAGUGACGUACGGCAAAAGACUUUGAAUGGAUUACUUUCUCUGAUUAAACGUGAUAGGGAUGGCGAUGAAGUUAAUAAUAGACUAUUGCAUUCCUUAAUACACAUGUAUAUUGACCUUUCCGUCUAUUAUAAUCGGUUUGAAACUCCAUUUUUGCAAGAAACCCGUAAUUAUUAUUAUCAAGAAGGGCAUCGACUUGUGAGUGAGUACGCUGUGCCAAGGUAUCUUGGACAUGUUAAGUCGCGAUUGUAUAUGGAAGGGGAGCGAGUCAACAAUUAUUUAGAUAAAAAAACAAGAGGUCCUUUGACAAAAGUUGUUUAUGAUGAAUUGAUCAAGAAGCAUGUUGAAACUAUUCUGGAGAAAGCUCUUGUUAACGAUCCAAGUCAAGAGCCGGCCAUGGUCACCGAACUUCUUUAUCUUAAGGCUAAAAUGGAUGAAAUUGUUUCAGGAGCUUUUCAAGGAGACAAUGCUUUCAACUACAUGGUAAAAGAAAGCUUUGAAAUGUUCAUUAAUCAACGUCAAAAUAAACCUGCAGAGCUGAUAGCGAAAUACGUGGACCAGACAUUACGACUUGGAAACAAGAGUAUGGAUGAUACAGACAUAGAAAAGACGUUGAAUGAAGUGUUGGUUCUGUUCAGAUAUAUUCAAGGAAAAGAUAUAUUUGAAGCCUUUUAUAAACGCGAUCUUGCUAAACGUCUUUUACUAAACAAGAGUGCAUCAUUCGAUUAUGAGAAGAGCAUGUUAUCAAAAUUAAGGAAAGGUGAUCAUUUUAUGUCAUUAGUAUUAAUUAUCAUUUACGACAACUUAAUAGAGUGCGGUCCGGCAUUCACGAGUAAGCUAGAAGGAAUGUUCAAAGACAUUGACUUGUCAAAAGAUUUUAUGCAGUCUUUUGAAACUUCCAAGGCUGGAGAGCUAAUUAAGGAAUACAAAAUCGAUUUAUACGUUAAUGUUUUGACACAGGGAUUCUGGCCUUCAUAUCCUCCAUCACCACUCAACAUACCACCAAAUGUAGUACAAUGUCAGAAGAUUUUCAGGGAUUUUUAUCUUGGCAAGCAUAAUGGAAGAAAUUUAAAAUGGCAAAAUUCAUUAGGCCAUUGUAUGUUGGCAGCAGAAUUUCCGAAAGGAAAUAAGGAAUUGGUAGUCAGCUUAUCUCAAGGAGUGGUUUUACUACUAUUUAAUGAUUUGCCACCAGGUGGAAGGCGGACCUACGAUGAAAUAAAAGAAAUGUCUGGAAUGGAACCCAAAGAGUUAAAUCGUACGCUACAAUCCUUGGCCUGUGGUAAAGUCAGAGUUCUUGUAAAGUAUCCGAAAGGACGUGAUAUUUCCAUGACAGAUGAAUUUUCAGUUAAUGAAGAGUUUGAGGCCAAAAUUUUCCGCAUAAAAAUUAAUACUAUACAGUUGAAAGAAACGAAAGAAGAACAUGAAAUGACCACAGAGAGUGUUUUCAUGGAUCGUCAGCACCAAAUAGAUGCUGGAUUGAUGUCAGACAUUAAAAAACGCAUUGAAUCAUUGAUAGACCGUGAAUAUUUAGAGAGAGAUAAGAGUGAUUCUACGAAAUAUAAGUACUUGGCUUAA